AACAAAGUCGAAAAUUCUAGUUUUAUUAUUCGUUUCUAGCUAUUUUGUUACGCAUUGACUUUAGAGCUGAGGUUCAGCUUUUAUUACCUUUAUGAUUGUGACGGACCAGAGGGAAGCUGCCAGAUGUCAGGUUUAUAAAUAUUAAUCAAAGAUUCAGCGUCAUGGAGUUUGAGAGCCCUGACGUGGCCAAAGAGUUUCCAGGAUUGUUUGCCUCGGAAUCUGGAGGCAAGAAAAGCGAGAGUGACUUCAGUGACGAUUCUCACGACAAACAUAAACGAGACAGUCUUCUGAGAUCUAAGGACAAAAAGGAUUCAAAAAAGGACAGAGGCUAUGCCGCUCUUGAGGGUGAAAGCUCCCCUGAUGAGGCUGAUUCGGAAAUGAAGAGUCCUUCAAAAUCUAAGAAAAAGGCUUUUAAGUUUCCUAGCAAGAAGGAAAAGCGGGAGAAGUCAAGAGAAAAGGAUGGCAGUCGGGAUGUGGAGAACCUUAAAGAAAAGGAGCAAAAGGAAAAGAAGAAAUUGGAGAAGGAGGCUCACAAAUCCUCUAAACUCAAAGGGCUAAAGGAGAAAAAGCUCAAGUCAAAGCACUCUGAGGAGUCAAUAGAGAUUCCAGAUGAACCACCUAUAUUUGGAGUGCCUCUGGAGACUGCUGUUGCUCGAAGUCGGUGUCACGAUGGCGUCAAAUUGCCACUGGUCGUGAGGAACUGCAUAGACUUUGUCGAGGAAUGUGGCCUCACCGUGGACGGGAUUUACAAAUCUUCUGGGAACAAGUCAAAAGCGCAGAUCUUGCGCAAAAACUACAACAACAGAGUAGCAGUCAGUUUCACUGACACCGACCCAGUCACGGUAGCGGGACUUCUAAAGCUAUUUCUGAGGGAACUUCCUGAAGCCAUCAUUCCAUCGAAUCUCGCUGCUGAAUUUGAAGAAGCUGCUGCUAAAAAGGGCGAUGGCCUGGAAGCGCUAAUUCAAAAGACGCCGCCCACGAAUAAGGAGCUCCUGGCCUGGAUGGUGUUUCAUUGCAAGCACUUGGUUGCAAAUGAAAAACUCAACAAGUGUGGCGGACUGCAAGGCGUAUGCUCCACUUUUGCGCCGCUGCUGCAAACGUCGCCUAAAAUACUUUCUGCUCUGAUCUGCUACUCAGCCACAUUGUUCCCAAGUAUGCAUCUCCACAAGUACAUUCCUCCUCUUAGCGGUCCAACGCCUAAUAUUCCUAACACAAUUAAUGGCUGUAAUGACGAACUGAGAAAGCUUGAGUCGGUCUUGGCUCAAGUCCAUGAGGAAAUGAAUGCUGGACUGACUGGCUCGCGGAGAGAGGAGCAAAUGUGGGAUGCCCAGAGAAUCGUUACUCAGCUAAAAAGGAGACUGAGAUUGCUUCAGAAACCUUCAGAACCAAGGGCUUCUGAUGAUGAGAAAAUGGAUUUUUCUCUAAAGCAAGAGGAGUCAGCAACUGCAACAUCAGUACCCACAGCGAUUGCAGAAAAGGCAGACGUCAAUAAAGAUGAUGCCGAGGAAAAGGCAGAGCAAGUAGAGACAAGAGAAGCUGAAGAUGCUGACAUUGCAACAGAAAUCUCGAAUGAUAUCAGUUCAAAAUCUCAAACCACUCAAGAGGACAGCAGUAGUCCAACCACAGUAACUGAAACAAUCAAUGUGUCUGCGAUCGUGCAUGAGGUUCCAAGGGAGACAACUCCUUCGCCUGUUAUUCCUGACGAAGAUGAGGAAACACGAGAGCAGAGGUGCAUUCAGGAGCAGUUAGAAAAUCUUGUUGACAGCUUGAUGGAGAGGAUAGAAAAGGAGAGAAGCGAGGUUGAUAGAAUAAAGCAGGAUAUGGCAAAGAAAAUCGAGGAUGGUUGGGUGAAGCCGAGGAAAACGGGUGAUAGCAACGACAUGGAUAGUCUGGAGGAGUUGCUGCAGCAAAACCAAGCGUUGCAGCAACAACGAGACAACCUUUGUCGGCUGAUAGCUGAGGAGAGAGAGGCCAUGUCCAGGACAAGAGCCAAGUUGAACUUCAAGCUGCAGCAACAGAAAUUGCUUCAAAAGGCGUCUGCAUGAAUUAUAAAGUAGGUGUAACUGUCCAUAAUAAAUAUCUUCUUUCGUUCGUCUGAAUCACAAA